ACCAGAAAAAGGACCAAAGGAUUUAUUGCUGCUGGAAUUGUUCAUUCCGAAGUAAUUUACUGCAGACUGGUUCUAUAAAUUAGCUAAUUUCUGCUCUCUCUCGUGAAGGACUACUUUAGACGUUGUACAAUAUGGUUUUGUUGUUUCUCUUAGUUCCACUAUCAUGCAUAAGUUUUGUCCUUGCAGCUCCAUUAACGGGAGCCGGGAUUGGCCUGCAUAACUUUUUCAACGUCUAUGUCGGAAUGAGUCCGUCGAAGUAUGUUCACAGCAACACUUUGACCAACCAACCAAAAGCACGGGUUCAGCGACACCAACCUGACGAUGAACUUUAUCCCAAACCCUGGACCUUCGAGUCGGACAUGACCUUGACGCCAGCUCAGAAGAUCGCUAUAAAUAGAGACGUUUUACGUCGGCGAAUGGGGGUUCCAUUGAAGUUGAGAAAAAUUGUCGCUGACGCGAGAUAUUACUGGCCCAAUGGUGUUGUUCCUUAUGAAACCGGAAAUCUUGAAUUCACCAUUGCCUCCAAUUUGAACUCUGCGAUCAAGAUGUGGGAGAAAUUGACGUGCAUUAGGUUUGUCGCCAGGACCGCAUCAAACCAAAACCAAUAUAGUGAUUACGUCACAAUUCAACAGACUUAUGACGGAUGUGAAUCCAAUGUUGGACGAAUUGGAGGACAACAGGUUGUAAACGUUUCCAAUGGAUGCGGGGCUGGGAGCAUUGCGCAUGAGCUUGGGCAUAGCUUUGGGUUUGUACAUGAACAAUCUCGGUCCGACCGAGAUCAGCACAUCCUCAUUGUCGAUGGCAACAUCAGCCCUGGGAACGAAAAGAACUUUGAGAAAUACUCCAACAAGAAGGUCUACACGUAUAACCUCUCCUAUGACAUCGGAUCCAUCAUGCAUUAUAGCGACAAGGCAUUUUCAAGAGAUGGGGAAUCGAAGACAAUUGUUGCACGCGACACUCUGGUUCAGUCGUGGAUGGGGCAAAGGGACGGCCCAAGCUUUCUAGAUAUCAAGCUCGCUAAUCAGGCUUACCAGUGCGACAGGCAUUGCAAAACCAACUUUGUCUGUCAAAAUGGUGGAUUUAUCGGACCCAACUGCCACUGCAUUUGUCCCUACGGAGUCAGUGGGUUCACGUGUGACGACGUGGCGCCCUCUACACCGAAUUGUGGAGGAACCUUCCUGGGCGAAAAUGGCACGAUUCUCUCUCCCAAUUACCCCAACGAAUAUAACAGUAACGCGGAAUGUCACUGGCUAAUUGAAGGUCCAUUUGAAUUCUUAAAACUGACGUUCCGUGACUUUCAUUCGGAAUACGAGUAUGAUGUCCUUGACGUCCGAGUAUACGGACCAGAAAGGGUGGGGCAAAUGAUUUCUGGAAAUAAUUUUGGAGACAAGAUCAUCUAUUUUAGCAGCAAUAAACUUCUUCUGCACUUUACUUCCGACAAGAACACAAACUUCCGAGGAUUCCGAAUCGAUUAUUCUAGCAUUCACAGAAUUGACACCGAUUCUCAUUGAUGUUCAGCUUAGUCCAGUGAAAUAGCGGACUUCGACCUUUGAUGCAUUGUAUUUGAUGCGCUAUAAAUGUGAUCCAUUCUAAUGUGUAGUCAUGAUCUAUUAUAAGAUGAUCAUAAUUUCAUAUAAUGUUUGUAUUUUCCAAUGAAUCUCAAAGGCAUGUGCAUUUUGUUAACUUGUUUAUUUUUUUUCUAUACAUUAUUCUUUGUUGCAAUAAAAUUACUCACUUAAA